CCUGCCCCAGCAGGUCCCUCCCUGGCAGGGCUGGGGGCAGCCGGGCACUCUUUGCCAGGGCUGGGGGCAGCCGGGCACUCCCUGUCCCUGCAGGUCCCUCCCUGCCAGGGCUCGGGGGAGCCGGGCACUCUUUGCCAGGGCUGGGGGCAGCCGGGCACUCCCUGUCCCUGCAGGUGCCUCCCUGGCAGGGCUGGGGGCAGCCGGGCACUCCCUGCCCCAGCAGGUCCCUCCCUGCCAGGGCUCGGGGGAGCCGGGCACUCUUUGCCAGGGCUGGGGGCAGCCGGGUACUCCCUGUCCCUGCAGGUGCCUCCCUGGCAGGGCUGGGGGCAGCCGGGCACUCCCUGCCCCAGCAGGUCCCUGCCAGGGCUCAGGGCCGGCUCUGCAGUGCCCACAGGAUCAGGUGGUUGCGGAGCCGGGCGCAGCCGUACGAUGCAGCUGAGACAAGCACAGCCCUCGGCAGCCUCUGGAGCUGCUCUCCAGAACAAGGCGACCUCUAAGCUCCAAUCCAUCACAGAAACGAUGUGCUGAUACUGCAGGACACCACGGCAACAAUGGAAUACCAGAUAUUGAAUACAUCUACCUGUCUGCUGGUCCUUCUGGUUUUCAUACCCACUGGUUUGGGUAUCUGUCCUUCUAGCUGUAAGUGCUCAGGAAACGACAGGAAUGUGGACUGUUCAGGCAGAAACUUAACUGUACUGCCCCAGGGACUUCAAGACAACCUUACAUAUUUAAACCUGUCCUUUAACCAGUUUGUAGAUCUCGAUCAUCAGCUAACGAGGUUCACCAAUCUGAGGACCCUUGAUAUUUCAAAUAAUUGGCUCAAGAAUGUUCCUGCUCAUCUGCCCAAGUCCUUAUGGGAAUUAUAUGCCACAAACAACAACAUUAAAGUUCUUCAGAAACUUGAUACAGCUUACCAGUGGAAUCUUAGAGUGCUCGAUAUUUCCAGGAAUAUGGUGGAAAGAGCUGUCCUGAUCAACAACACACUGAGCAGUCUCAAGUUUCUCAAUCUCAGCAGCAACAAACUUUGGACAGUUCCAACCAAUAUGCCCUACAACAUAGAGACAGUGGAUCUAUCCAAUAACUUCUUGUCCCAGAUACUCCCAGGAACACUGGUGAGACUGCAACACCUCACAAGCCUCUACCUGCACAACAACAAGUUCUCAUACAUUCCUGACAAAGCCUUUGACCAGCUCUCCCAGCUGCAGGUAAUAACUCUGUACAACAACCCCUGGUCGUGCAGCGAUAACCAAACCAUCCCUUACGUGCUGCAGUGGGUGCAGGGCACAGCUGCCCGUGUGCUGGGGGCCCCCUGUGCUGAGCAGCCCUGGGUGAGCACCGGGCCGGCCCCGGGCCAGCCCACGGCCCUGGACUCCAGCCCCAUGAUCAAAGGCACCAAGGCAGCCGACAGGGAGGCUUCUGCCGCGGCACCCGAGCCCACCAAAGUGACCAAAACACACAAACAACUGAAAGCCAAGGAAGUCCCUCCCUUGGGGAGCCAAAGCCCCCCGGCCCUGUUCCCCAGCACGGACUCCCCUGAUGGCCCCCAGGAGGCCGCGGCCACCCGCACAAUCCUCGUCCAGGACUCCACCGAGGGCAACGCCAGCCUGGCCCCGGCCACGGGAUCCUCCACCACUCCCAUGACUUUAAGCAUCACCAGUGGAAUGCCAACUAACUACUCCAAGAUGCCUCAAAGCACAACCGCUACCUUAAGGAAGGAGGAGGCCACGCCAAGCGUGCCCUCCCGCGCCAGCCGCUGGCCGAUGGGGCUGCUCUGCCUGGCACUGCUGCACGCCCUGGCCCUGGCUAUGGACUAAGGGCUUGCACCCCAUGGAAAUUACUGGGGUUAUUCCUGUGAUAACAGCUGGAGUUAACACAUCCAGCUGAAAUAAUGAAUGAAAGAAAUUCAAAGUCCCGACUCUGAUCUAAAGAAAGUAACAGUUCUUAAAGACGCGCACACUAAUGUCUUGAUACUAAGCUGCUACUUAUUUUCAUAUGUCUUAAUUGAGUACAACUAAUCUAUUAUUUUGUUUUUAAAAAUGUGCUUAUUUUGUAUUUAAAUUUUUCAUCUUACUUGCACAGAAUAAACACAUCAGAAUUUUAAGUACUGAUUUUACGUAUGAUUUUGUCAUUGAACAACUGGAAAAAAACAGAAGGCCUGUAUCAUAUCUGCAUUGUCUUGCUUGACUUGCCAGUGAGCAAUUCCUGUAAUAUAGCAGCACAGAUUCUUUGUAAGUUAUGAUGACAUGCAAAAGAAAGGGAAAAAAUAAAGGAACUAAACCGAACUGUUUCACUAAUCAGAAGUUAUUCCUGAGCAAAAUCGCUAGCAUGUAUAUCUACGUUUGCUUCAUAUGUAUUAGAGCAUUUUAAAUAUGAAGAACAACAGUUUUGAAUUUAGGAAUUAAAUAUGACAAUGCCAUGAUGUCUGCUAAGAGGGUGUAAACCGAGAUGGCAACAUGGUCCAACUUCAGCAUGGGACAGUGGUAGGGGCCAGUAUCCUUCUGCUCUGGCUUGACUUAGAGACCGCAGGCAAGUUAUUGCUCUCUCCAUAUUAAAAAAAGAAAAAAAAGAAGAAAAAAAGAGAUAAAAGUAGCGAAAAAUGCCAGAUGUUCAAUGCCAUGACACUGUCAAACACCAAGGAGUUAUCUACCCAAAUUAAUGACCUGGAACUCCUUGACUUUAUGUCAAGUGACAUCCUGAAAUGUUAAUAUGUUCUGCUUAAAAGAAUACCCACAAAUCAGCCAGAACGUAGCAAACUACUAUCAGUAAAAUGAAACACCAGCUGAUUUCUAACACAAGUCAUGUAACAAAUCAAUUAAGCAGUUAGCUGGUGAGCUGUCACUGAAACACUCCUGACUCUUGUGACUCCAGAGAGAAGGAAUGCAGGCCAUGGCACUGAACAUGCCCACAUCCCUGCUUUCUAAGGGCGAGCAUGGAUGCUCUUCUCCUCGACAUCUGCUCCGCCAGCCAGUAGAAAUAGCUGCACGCAUGGUUCUGUCCACUCUAGGAAAACUAUUUAAAUUAUGGCAAAGGUAUCUGAUAUACUACAGAUGAAGUUUUGCAAACAGCAUGAAAUGAAAACUGAAGAACAAGUUAAUUGAAAAAGUAUUAUCCACUUAAUAUUACAGAUCUUAUACAAUGUUUUCCAUUCAUUCCAGGCCAUUUAUUUUCCAGUUAUUGUAGCAUGAAGGUGCUGCAAAACCCAGAAAACCUCACAACCAAGACUGGAGUCCUCUACCUGUUUCUCCUAAGGUGUCAAUGGGGGCUGUAGAUCAUUUACAACUACUGGUAUCAGAGAAAUGACAACUUUCCAAUUGUGAACAGUAUUUCUAUAACCGGAUACGUGUUUUAAUUUCUAACAGUAAAUGUUACACAAUGGAUUUGUACAGUUAUUUCAUUGGCAUUUAAAUAAAAAUAAAGUUAUGUUUGUAUUGAACUGAA